GCCGUGCUCGGCUGUUUCCUGUGCUCUGUGUCACCCAAAACAAGUUUGAAACAGACACAUCACAGAAUAGCGCGCUUGCUUGUAUUUUAACUUCUGCGGAAGGGCUUAGCAUCACUCGCUAUGUGAUACAGAGAGCAUCUUUGGACGGAGGAUCAUGGACAGUUACUUAUUCGUGAGAGUUGUGGGGAAGGGGAGCUAUGGGGAGGUGAAUCUGGUCAGACACAAAUCAGACCGUAAACAGUACGUGAUCAAGAAGCUGAACCUGAGAACAUCCUCCAGACGCGAACGGCGAGCCGCGGAGCAGGAAGCACAGCUCCUCUCACAGCUCAAGCAUCCCAACAUCGUCACAUACCGGGAAUCAUGGGAAGGCGAGGACUGUCAGCUUUACAUCGUGAUGGGAUUCUGUGAGGGAGGAGAUCUUUACCGCAGACUCAAACAGCAGAAGGGAGAACUGCUUCCUGAGAGACAAGUUGUGGAGUGGUUUGUUCAGAUUGCCAUGGCCCUCCAGUAUUUACAUGAGAAGCACAUUCUGCAUCGAGAUCUGAAAACGCAGAAUAUCUUCUUGACCAAGACCGAUAUAAUCAAAGUGGGUGAUCUGGGCAUCGCGCGGGUCCUGGAGAGUCAGAACGACAUGGCCAGCACUCUGAUCGGCACACCUUACUACAUGAGUCCAGAACUGUUCUCCAACAAACCUUACAACUACAAGACCAAACCAAAUCAUUACGUUCAGCCACAAUGUCUUAACUCUGAAUCAAAGGCCAGAGGAAGAAAGGUCGAAGAAAACCACUUGAACCGACAAAAACCCUGUAAUGGUGCAGUGGAAAAAGUGCUUCCUGACCCACACUUGCCCCCUAAAUCUCCAAGUUGGGACAUUCUUAACUCAACAGGUCCAUCUACAGCAACCAUUAGCAAUAUAGACAUUGAAAUCCAAUCCCAGGAACAAAAACAGAGAAAAGCCAAAAAACCCAGCAGCCAUCAGAACCACAAGCCGCCAUCUGUGAGCAAGAGGAGAGAGAAAGAGGAGAAAGAAGAUCCUGGUCCUGCUCAGACACACCCUCUGAAACAAGCAUUAGGUGUCAGCAGAGCGGAGGAUAAGAUGUCAGCGAAUGGACUGAUAUCUCCAAACUCAACUACACCCAAGCCUGCAGAUCGAACCAAGAUGCUAAGCAAGAAUCAGGCUCUUAAUGCAAGUAUGGACCUUGAAGACGACACUAUGAAGCUUCUGCAGGAGGCAGGGAUGGAGGACAUCCCACACGAGCCUAUGGAACAACAUCACAAUGCUGAGACAAAGUCAGAGAGCCAAAGAAAGACUGUUGAUGAUGAUCUUAGCAACGCUUGUGUCCUAAAGAAUGUUCCCACUGGAAGUUCAACUGAGGAGAGUGAGGGAAGUUUAGACUCCACAGAGAAACUACUCAAGCCUGUUCCGGUAAUUGUAACGGAGCCUUCCAGUUCAGAGUCCACUUCAGCUCUCUCAGAUCAAAGCAGACCAGUUCUUCAGCCCUCUUCCUCUGAACCAUCCAUGUCACAUCAGCACAGGCAGAAGAAGAAAGACAAGUCCCUCGAUGACCAGAACAGCCAUCAAGUGAGCAGUGUGGACAUUGCACAGGUCAAAGCAGUGCCCAGACCUCUGCCACCUCUUCCGGAAGAUGUCCUAUCAGUAAACAAUGAACAGAAAGGCCACAGACCUGCCAAUCUCUCGUCCUCUACCAAGAACUGUCCAGAGCAGCAGAACCGUCCACUGUCAGCCAGGGAAAGGAGAAGACUGAAGCAAUUACAGGAGAACUCCAGACAACAAGCUGUGUCCGCUGUCAAAAGGGUGCCUUGUGAUGUCCCCUCAUUAGACAGUAAGCAGACAGACCAUCUAGACUGCCCAAGACCUGCCAGCACAACUUUGGAAACAAGAAAGGAGAGGAAGUGCUCAUGGAGACAGUCUGACGAAGACGAUUGUAGUUCCUCCACCAGCUCCACUGAACGUUCAGAGGGCGACUACAGAGAACGAAAGUUUGAGACCAAUGAGAUGCAAGACUUGGUCCAAAUGAUGACGCAAACGUUACACAUGGAUGCCAGAGAUGUAUCAUUUGAGCCAGAUGGGUCAAGAUGCCACUCCACUCCACUGCCUGAGUUCAAACUAAACAGGAAGUACAGGGACACCCUGAUGCUUCAUGGGAAAUCCAGAGAGGGACAGGGAGAUUACCAAAUCAGUGGCUUCCCGUUAGACGACAGCACGGGUCCAGCAAAGGUCAGGAGAGUGAUCGAGCACUUGCGUACAGAUGUGGUUAAAGGACUCGGGGUGAAGCUAUUGGACAGAGUCCUGGACCUCAUGCAGGAAGAGGAUGAAGAGAAGAGAGAGCACCUACUGCAAGAGCUAAUGGGGGAGGAAAAAUACAAGCAGUAUGCAAUGAAAGUCCAACAGCUGAAGUUCUUUGAGGACGUUGCAUUCACGGACUGAGCCAGAUGCACACGAGGGAUCCCUUAUCAAACACUGAUAUGCCAUUACUGCUGGUGGGCAGCAGACUUUUGUGCUCUUAAAACACUUCACUGAAGCCUCUUAUCAACAAUCACCGUUACUUUUUUAAUGUUUUUGUAAAUGUGAUAGAAGUGAGUUGAACAUAGAUAUGCAAAAAAAAAAAAAUGCUGUUAUUAUGCACCUUUAAAUUUCACAAAAGCAUUAUUUUCAGACAUCAUCUUUCUUUUGGAAAUGUGAACCUAUGCUAUGUAGAUAGCAAUCUUGAAUCACAAAAGAGAUGUUAAAAAUAGUUGACUUUUUUCUAUUUUCUGAACUGUAUAUUUAUAUUACGAUAUAAUAUAAAUCAAUAAGGA